GCUGGGCCCAAGAACCUCGAUGGAGAGAACAUCGAGGAGCAGAGGCAAAACAAGAAAAAACCAAAGGGAGACCAUAUUUCAGGAAAUACCAUUACUAUGAAACACAAAGACAAGUGGAAUUCAUGGAGGAAAGGAAUAAGAUUCUGACUAGUUAUCUUCUUUUUAUACCAACUGAAAGAUCUGACCGUGAAGGACCAAUAAGAGGCUGUGGUGGAGGAAGAGGUAGAAUGAGAGGUAGAGGAAGAGGUGGAGUCUUUAGAAGUUUUGAUGCCUUUCAAGGAAGACGUGGAUUUGGAAGACAAAGUGAUAAUGAUAAAAGUGGGACGAGACAGACUGCACCUGUGGAAGAGACUGAAGAAACUGCUGAGCAGCCAGGGAGAUCUAAAAGAGGGCCACUGAACAAAGUUGCUGAAGGACAGCCAGUGGAAGAAGUAGUUCAAGAAAUGACCUUAGAUGAGUGGAAAAAUCUUCAGCAACAGAAUCGACCAAAGGCUGAAUUCAACAUCCGGAAGCCAGAAUCCACUGUUCCUCCCAAAGCAGUGGUGAUUCACGAGUCAAAAUAUAGAAAUAAUUUGCAAAAAGGUGUUGAAGGUGAUUCUCAUGUCUUCCGAAGACCAGCGAAUGAUAUAACACGUCAGCUGAAUAUUAAUUUUGGGAGUCUUUCUCACUGUGACCGUGGAUCAAGAAGAGGACAAGUUGUUUGUGGCAAUCCAGCAGAAGGGGCAGAACUGAGACCAAAAGUGCAGCCUGCUGCUCCAAAUCCUGAUGAUCUUGAGGAUUUCCCAGCUUUAGCUUGA